AGCGCACAGGGUGGCAAGUUCGAAGUCCUGGCAAAUGAAAUAUGAAAGUCAUUAUUGAUUCAAAUUAAACAAAGGAUAUCAGUAUUUUAUUUUACAGCACUUGUCACAGCGGCAACGACGCGUAACGUUUUUCUGGAGAGUAUAACGACUGACACGAGACUGCUUACCUGUUAGUAAGCUAGCGUCACGUAGCAAGUCAGGCAGUCCAACUUUUUCCCCCACUGACAUAACGUUACAAAUAUCGUUUUUGCCACGUCAAUAUCCUCCUCAUCUUCCAUGUUUUACAAGGAUAUAUUUCUGUGUAAAAGACUGAGGAAGGAUUCGCCAUGACUCUGAAAGCCAAACUGAGCUCAGUAUGUCUGGGUGUGGAGGGGAUGACCUGUGGCUCAUGUGUCCAGUCGAUUGAGCAGCGAAUCAGAAGUCUCCCGGGAGUAAUUCACAUUAAGGUAUCUCUGGAGCUCAAGAAUGCCAGCAUCAUCUACGACAACAGCCAUCACACUCCAGAGUCUCUGGCGGAGGCCAUUGAGGACAUGGGGUUUGACUCUAUCACCUCAGACUCCACCACAACCUCAGCUGUCUCCACAGACACCCAUCUUUUCCCCUUCCCAGCCCUUCUCACUCACGAUGCCCAACAGGAGGCUAUCGCCAGGCUAGCUCAGCUCCCGGGGGUCAUGGAGGUCCUGGAGAAACAUGACCAGAGGGGGUUGUCAGUUACGUUCAUCCCUGGCCUGAUUGGGUCACCACAGCUGGCCGAGGUGGUUAGUAGCUUGACCCUCCUCCCAGAGGUCCCCACAUCCAGCGUCGCAGGUGAAACCACAGUGCCAGCCACUGUGACAGUGUCCGACCCAGCCAACUCCUCCCAGCCCCAACUGGUGAAGGUGCGCAUCGAGGGCAUGGUCUGUCUGUCCUGCACCACCACCAUCGAAGGAAAGAUCAACAAACUCAAAGGGGUUGAGAAGAUCAAAGUGGUUCUCGACUCCCAGGAGGCCACAGUGCUCUACCUGCCCUACCUCAUCAGCAUCGACGAGAUCAUUGCCCAGAUCGCCAAGGCUGGCUUUAAGGCCACACCCAAGUCCAAACCCCGCCCCCUCAAGUUGUCCGUCAGCGAGAUGGAGCGCUUGUUAAGCCCUGCCCCCUCAACGCCGCCCCUGGCGGACUCGUCUACCGAGGAGUCGGAGACGUCCAUGGACUUGGCCCAGACGACCCUGAGGGUGACCGGCAUGCACUGCCACUCCUGUGUGGUCAACAUACAGGAUAACAUCUCCAAGCUGGCUGGAGUGACCUCUGUGGAGGUGUCGUUGGAGAAGGAGAGCGCCUCCGUCCACUACGACCCGAGGGUGAUGACUCCGACCGGGCUUCAGCGGGCCAUUGAGGCUCUACCGCCAGGGUCGUUUAAAACCCAGCCCUGGCACUCCCCCUCUGGAGGUCGUAGUCUUCCACCCACAACCGCCUCCACCACGCUCAUACCCUCGCUAUCGCCGCCGCAGCCAUCGCCCCAGGCCGGCCACUCUGCACUCCAGCCCUGCUACAACCAGCCCCUGUCGGCCGUGGCCUUGAUCCACAUUGAGGGGAUGACGUGCGGGUCCUGUGUCCAAUCCAUUGAGGGUAUGCUCUCACAGCGAAAAGGGGUGCGAUCAGCCAAAGUGUCCCUGGCCAGUCACAGUGGGACGUUUGAGUACGACCCUCUCCUUACCCAACCCCACGAGCUCAGGGAAGCCAUAGAAGAUAUGGGAUUUGACGCCUUCCUGCCUGAAACAAAUUCCCUUGUGACCGCACCAGUUAAGAGUGUCAACUCGACCACCUCCCUCGCCGUUUCAACUGCCUCUGUCAAGGACCUGGACAGUGACCCGGAGAGGGGUUCAGCCAAGAGCGGAAGGGGGGGCCAAAACACCCCUGCUAAAUGCUUCAUCCAAAUUGGUGGAAUGACCUGUGCGUCCUGUGUGGCCAACAUUGAGAGGAACCUCAAGAAUGAACACGGUAUCUACUCUGUGCUCGUGGCCCUGAUGGCCAGCAAGGCUGAGGUGCGUUAUAACCCAGAAGCAGUUGACCCUCUGAAGAUCGCAGAGUAUGUCAGAGAGCUCGGCUUCACCGCUUCUGUCAUGGAGAACUGUGAUGGUUCUGAUGGAACCCUCGAGCUAGUGGUCAGAGGAAUGACAUGUGCCUCCUGCGUUCACAAAAUCGAGUCCAGCCUGAUGAAAGAGAAGGGUAUUAUGUAUGCCUCUGUCGCCCUGGCAACCAACAAAGCCCAUGUCAAGUAUGACCCCGAGGUGACGGGGCCUCGAGACGUCAUUAAACAUAUAGAGAACCUUGGGUUUGACGCCUCUCUAGUGAAGAAAGAUCACACUGGCAGUCACCUGGAUCACAGUAGAGAGAUCAGACAAUGGAGGAGGUCAUUUCUGGUCAGCCUGUUCUUCUGUGUUCCGGUCAUGGGUAUGAUGACCUACAUGAUCAUAGUGGAUCACCAGAUCAGCACGUCUCACCACCACAACGCCACCACAGAGGACCGUGAACACUACCACUCCAACAUGUUCCUGGAGAAACAGCUGCUCCCAGGCCUCAGCAUCAUGAACCUCAUCUCCUUCCUGUUCUGUGUUCCCGUACAGUUUAUUGGUGGUCGCUACUUCUACAGUCAGGCUUACAAGGCCCUGAAACACAAAACUGCCAACAUGGACGUGCUGAUUGUGUUGGCCACCUCCAUAGCCUUCACCUACUCUGUGGUCAUCCUCAUGGUCGCCAUGAUAGAAAAGGCAAAGGUGAACCCCAUCACCUUCUUCGACACGCCCCCCAUGCUCUUUGUCUUCAUCUCCCUGGGGCGCUGGCUGGAGCAGAUCGCCAAGAGUAAGACGUCGGAGGCCCUGUCCAAGCUGAUGUCCCUGCAGGCCACUGAGGCGACGGUGGUCACUCUGAACAGUGACAUGUCGGUGCUGAGUGAGGAGCAGGUGGACGUGGAGCUGGUCCAGAGGGGAGACGUGGUCCGGGUGGUCCCAGGGGGGAAGUUCCCCGUGGAUGGGAGGGUCAUCGAGGGACACAGCAUGGCUGAUGAGUCCCUCAUAACAGGAGAGGCCAUGCCGGUGACUAAGAAGCCAGGCAGCUCUGUGAUUGCUGGCUCCAUCAACCAGAACGGCUCUCUGCUCAUCAGUGCUACUCACGUGGGUCUGGACACCACCCUUUCCCAGAUUGUCAAACUGGUGGAGGAGGCGCAGACAUCCAAGGCUCCCAUUCAACAGUAUGCUGAUAAAAUCAGUGGUUACUUUGUUCCGUUCAUCGUUGCCAUCUCUCUCCUUACUCUGUUUGCUUGGAUACUAAUUGGCUUUGUGGAUUUCCCUCUGGUUGAGAAAUACUUUCCUGGCUAUGACAAGAGCAUCUCUAAGGCAGAAGCAGUGAUCAGGUUUGCUUUCCAGGCCUCCAUCACAGUGCUGUGUAUUGCCUGCCCCUGCUCUCUGGGCCUCGCGACCCCAACUGCAGUGAUGGUGGGCACAGGGGUGGGGGCUCAGAAUGGCAUCCUCAUCAAGGGAGGGGAACCCCUGGAGAUGGCCCACAAGAUCCAGAUAGUCGUGUUUGACAAGACGGGCACCAUUACAUACGGAGCUCCCAAAGUCGUCCAGGUUAAGAUUGUUGUGGAGGGGAACAGGAUGCCUCGCUCCCGCCUGCUGGCCAUCGUAGGAACUGCUGAGAACAACAGCGAACACCCACUGGGGGCCGCCAUUACCAAGUACUGCAAACAGGAGCUGGGUACAGAUUCUCUUGGUACCUGUACAGACUUCCAGGCCGUGCCAGGCUGCGGUAUCAGAUGCCAGGUCAGUAACACAGAGAACCUGCUCAGACAGCACCAGGGGGACAGCGACAGUGAAGACAACAACCAGAGAAACGGGAUUCUGGUCCAGAUCAGUGACUCCAGGAGCUCCUGCGGACCCGGAUCUCACCCUCUCAUCAUGGACCCUCAGCCCCUCAGUCUGGUGCAGACUGCCUCCUACGUGGUGCUGAUAGGCAACAGGGAGUGGAUGAGGAGGAACGCUCUGCAGAUCAAACCUGAGGUAGACGAGGCCAUGACCGAACACGAACGCAGGGGACGCACCGCUGUGCUGGUGGCGGUCGACAGCCUCCUGUGUGCCAUGAUAGCCAUAGCAGACACGGUGAAGCCCGAGGCUGAGUUGGCCGUUCACACCCUUCAGGCCAUGGGGCUGGAGGUAAUUCUGAUGACAGGAGACAACAGCAAGACCGCUCGGGCCAUCGCUGCCCAGGUAGGCAUCAGGAAGGUGUUUGCGGAGGUGCUGCCCAGCCACAAGGUGGCGAAAGUGGAGCAGCUACAGCUGGCGGGGAAGAGGGUGGCCAUGGUCGGUGACGGGGUCAACGACUCGCCUGCUCUAGCCAUGGCAGACGUUGGCAUCGCCAUAGGAACCGGCACCGACGUGGCCAUAGAGGCAGCUGAUGUGGUGCUGAUCAGGAAUGACCUGUUGGACGUGGUGGGGAGUAUCGACCUGUCAAAGAAGACUGUCAAGAGAAUCAGGAUCAACUUUGUGUUUGCUCUCAUUUAUAACCUGGUCGGGAUCCCCAUCGCUGCAGGCGUGUUCAUGCCCUUUGGUCUGGUCCUCCAGCCCUGGAUGGGUUCUGCAGCCAUGGCCCUGUCUUCUGUCUCUGUGGUGCUCUCUUCCCUCCUGCUCAAAUGUUACACUAAGCCCAGCCCGGAGCUGCUGGAUUCUCGGCUGGGCAAGCAGAAGACAGCCAGCCUAUCAGACGUUAGCGUCCACAUCGGCAUGGGCGAGCUCCGCCGGCCUUCUCCCAAGCUAAGCCUUUUAGACCGUGUCGUCAACUUCAGCCGCGCCUCUAUCAACUCCCUCCGCUCCGACAAGCACUCCCUCCAUAGCCUGGCCUUCAGUGAACCUGACAAACACUCGCUACUGGUGGGGGAGUCCCAGUGUGAGGAGGAGUUUGUUUGAGGCUAGGCUAAGCUGUGAUAACCGUGGUAUGCUUGACUAUGCUAACAUAUGCAAGCAAAGGCUACACUAAGCGGGUAACGUUUUCCUAUCCAUGUACACGAGUGCCUUCAAGGUGGUAUCUCUUGACUUGAAAGUACUUUUGUGUGGCCCCAGACCCUCUUGACUCCGUGUCCACUCCACUUGAUGCCUGCGAGGGAUCCAUGUUCACUCCAAUGCCCCCAAGUGUCUUUUGUUAAAGGUCAGUUGUACUCUCAGUGAAUGGACACUGACUUAAAAAUAACUCUUGACACGCUUUGUCCAGGGGGUGAAAAGUAUCGGCAAAAAGACCAUGCGUGUCAGCCGCUAGGACUUAGACAGUGCCUUCGCAUACUUACAAUGGAGGUUUGCGGAGGCAGCUUUUGACACCAACCAUUGACGUCUAUCCAAAGACUGAAGUGGUGCCCCAUGUAAAAGUGAAAAUAAUGUAACUGAAUCUUCUCAAACAUAUUUUUCCUUUUAAGAAGUGUAAUAAUGCUGUUGGAUAUUAUUAUUAUAUGAGAGUAUUUAUAUUAGCCUUAUUUAAAAACAAAUAUCACUUUUUCGUAUAUGUACUUUAUAUAUUUUUCCUUUGCAAUCAAGGACUUUUCUGGAUAUACCAACGUCAUUUUUUCCAACAUAAACAUUUGUUUUCUGGAUUCCAUAACAGGAAUAUAUAUAUAUCAAUAUAUAGGAAUAUAUAUGUCAUCAAUCAAUUCAGUACUUACAAUAUGAAGAAUGAACCUUUAGGAUCCCGAACUACAGAACACUCAAGGAACAAUUUGUACCAGUUAAUGUUACUUAAGUGCCAGUUGCAGACUCAGUCCAGCACAUUCCAAAGAGGGCACCUGAAUGGGCGAAGAAUGUUCACAGUGAUAAAGAACACUGAUUCAGACACUAUUUUGCUGAAGUGGUCCAGGUGCUGCCUAUACAAUCACAGACAGACUGCUGUAGCAGUGCUGGUCCAGGAUCAGGCCUGUCCUGUCCAUAUCUUGAUAUCUACCGGGCAAAACUGAUUCUAGAACACCAAUCCAAGACUAACGAGACUAUGUUUUGAAAAUCUGCCUAAGACACUGAUGGACAACUCUGCUUGAACAAUAUUUAUUUACUGAAAUUCCAACAUGUCAUACAACAGUUCUGUUUUUUUUCUCUCCCACUUUUGUCAGAUUGACUCUUCCGAAAGAGAUUUGAUGUUAAAAGAUAUUGUGUGAUUGGUUGGAGAAAAUAAUAUCAAAAUUGGGCUACCGUUGUAAACACAGAAUAAGACAGCCAAUUGUCUGUGAUGGAAUGUGAGCGUUCUUCACUGUGAAUGAAGCAAAACAUGUUACAUGAGAGAAAUUAUAUAUUGAUAUUGUUUGACACGGAUUGUUUCUACCUUGUAGUUUACUUUGUCAGUUAUGGUAUAAUGAUAGGUAGAGCCCGAUCGAUUUAUCGGUUGACCAAUAAAAUAAGCCAAAAUCGACCUUU